UUUUUUUUUUUUUUUUUUUUUGAUUCUCGUUGGAUUCGUUUCUGGAUGCUCGCUGCUGUUGUCGCGCGCUCGUCCUUCGCUUCUGCCUCUGCUGCGGUUGCGCCGGCAUGCUUUGCCUCGGUCGCUGCGGUCACUGCACGCCGCGCGGCUUCCGGCUUCGCUCUCGGCUCUGAUCAGUCGGUCAUCUCACAGUGGCUCAGCGGUGCUCGCGAUGUGAGCGACAUCCAGUACUUCCUCAAGCACUUUGGCGAGUCUGCUGCUGCUACAAAGGAUGCUGCUGCUGCUGGUGCUGCUGGACCCAAGACCGCCGUCAUCAAGAUUGGCGGUGCGAUCGUCGAGGAAGAAAUGCACAUCCUCGCUCCCGCCGUCUCGCUCUUGUACCGCUUGGGCAUCUCGCCGAUCGUCAUUCACGGCGGCGGCCCUCAGCUCAACAAGCUGCUCGAGAACGCCGGCAUUGUGCCAGAGUACCAGGACGGCAUGCGCGUCACGGACGCCGACACACUCAAGAUUGCCCAGCGCGUCUUCAACGAGGCCAACAAGCUCACCAUCGAGGGCCUCUCCAAGGCCGGCAUCCCCUGCGCGCCGUGCACGUCGGGCGUUCUGUACGCCGAUGUGCUCGACUAUAGCAAGUGGAAGCUCGUCGGCAAGACCACUGGCGCCAACAGCAAGCUGCUGAACGAGCUGGUUGGCAAGGGCAUUGUUCCCGUCAUCACCAGUCUCGCGCAGGACAAGACGGGCCAGACGCUCAACAUUAACGCCGACAUUGCCGCCUGCGAGGUCGCAAAGGCGGUCAACCCGAUCAGCACCGUUUUUUUGAACUCGACCGGCGGCAUUCCCGGCGAGAAGGGCCAGAUCAUUGAGACCAUCAACAUUCACAAGGAGUUUGAUCACCUGAUGGGUCAGGCAUGGGUCAAGUACGGCACUCGGCUCAAGAUCAAAGAGUUCAAGGAGCUGCUCGAAGACCUGCCCAAGGCCUCGUCCGUCACCAUCACCUCGACCGAUCACCUCACCCGCUCGUUGCUCUUUGGCAAGUGCGCCAAGGGCACGACCGUCUCGCUUGGUCGUACCUCCCGCGCUGCUGCGGCUCUUGGCGGAAAUGCUGCUGGUGCGCGCUCCUUCUCCACAUCGGCUGCUGCCGCUGCUUCCGCUGCUGCUCGCGCUGCCACCAAGUCGAUUGGUGUCGGUAUUAUCGGAGCGCGUGGCUAUGUUGGUCGUGAGCUCAUUCGUUUGCUAGGAGACCAUUCAGCGCUCGAGCUGCGCUGCGUUGGUUCCCGCGCCAAUGCCGGCCAAAAGUUGGCCGACCACAUUCCCGAGUUCAAGGGUGAUUUGCGUUAUGAGGCCCUUCCCCCAGACGACAUUGCCAAGCACGCCAACGAUGUUAGCGUCUGGGUGCUCGCCCUGCCCAACGGCCACUGCGGCCCGUACGUCGAAGCCAUCCGCAAGCUGUCCGCCUCGCAGAAAGACCGCAAAAUUGUGACGGUCGAUCUCUCGGGCGACAACCGCUUCACUGACGAGUGGCAGUACGGUCUUCCCGAGCGCUUCCGCGAGCGCAUUGCAUCUGCGAGCUUUAUUUCCAACCCCGGCUGCUACGCCACCGGCGCUCAGCUGUCCAUUCUGCCCCUCGCUGACGUCCUCGCCCCGAACAACCCGCCCGCAGUCUUUGGCAUCUCUGGCUACUCUGGUGCCGGCACCACUCCUUCCGAAAAGAACGAUGUCAACUACCUCAAGGACAACAUUGUUCCGUACUCGCUGGUCAACCAUCUGCACGAGCGUGAGGUGUCGCGCCAGGUUGGCUCCAAGGUGAACUUUAUGCCCCAUGUGGCCCCAUUCUUCCAAGGCAUUACUUUGACCACCGACAUCCGGCUCAACGUCAAGCUCACUCGCGAGCAGGUCGUGCAGCGCUUCCAGGACAUGUUUGGGAAGGAGCCGCUGAUUGAGAUUGUCGCUCAGAAGGAUGCUGUUCCCGUCGUGAAGGACAAUGCGCAAAAGCAUUUUGUUCGUCUCGGUGGAUUUGCGGUCGAUCCUGCCACCAACCGUGUCGUCGUCGUUGCCACCCUUGACAACCUCCUCAAGGGAGCUGCCACCCAGGCACUUCAGAACAUUAACAUUGCCCUCGGUCUGCGCGAGCUGGACGGAAUCCAAUCCGAGUAGACUCGGAUCUAACUAGCGGGCCGUUCGGGACUUGACAACCAAGCAGUGCCUAAUAAACAGUUUUAAUUCCG